GCCUAGCGACGUCAAUUAUUGAAGUGUUUACAUUAGCGACAUGGAGCAGUUUUCGUAAGACUGCUGUAAAGAAUUGCAAGUAUAGUAAUAGUUUUCGAAUACUUAGAGCGUAAACACUUCUAUAAAAUAGUUUUCAAAAUCUGUAAGUGAAAAAUUUAUUUUGAAGCGGUAAAAUGGCGGAACAUCCUGAGGAACCAAGACGACCUGUGCGGAGAAGAAUCGGACCUUAUGACAGGGCAGCCGGAUUUGCCAUUUUUCCAAUACGAGGAAGCGACAACAGACUUAUAGUGCGUAGGGUGAUACCCCCUAGACCCCCUAGACCAGUCAGUGCCGCACGUCAAAACCGCCGGCUCCGCCAUAUGAACAACGGGCCCGUUCCGAACAACGCAGAUCCCAACUCAAUGGCUCACAGAAUUCACGCAGAGAGACCGCAUCCUUACAACAUGAGACGAAGAGGUAAUAAACCUAGACACGAGGGUUUAACAAAAUCACAGAGUCAAAGAACUCGACCUGAAGACCCAGAGUCACUGCAUGCACGACGGACAGAACUGCAACGUUUGAUAGACGAAGUUACUGGGAAGCCACAACCAGGAACUUCUGGUGCAAAUGGGAGCGGAGGAAGUCGUGACAUGCCACCGUAUGCACAGAAAGAGGGUUAUUGGCGUCCAGAUUUGAUUGCUAGCACGUGCUCAUCGGACGAAUCACUGCCUGAGAUUAUAACCGGCCCUUCCCUUUUACAACGACAGUCUGAUUCAGAAACUGUGGUGCCGCCGAAUCCUGAACCAGUGAAAGACAAGCCUUACAAAAGGAAACGGCGCAAGUCUUCCGGUCAAAAUGACAAAGAAGCAGUAGCUUUCAAUACAAGGAGAGCGGUUAAAAGAAGAAGGGAGGAAGAAAAUAGGUCGCGAGAAAUUGACGAGAUUGAGGGGGGUGAAGAGGGGAAGGGUGGCAAGCGGCGCCGGUGCUAAAUUUUAGAAGACCAUUUGUUUUUAUUUAAGGGGCUCUGAAAAGCAAAAUUUCUUAAAAAUGAAAAAUUUAAAAUAGAUUUUUGAUAAAAAAAAAUCAAAGAAAAAUUAAAAUUAAUGAAAUGCUGAUCAUAAUUCAUUUUAGGAUAAAUGUCCAUUUUCAUUAUGUUAAUCGAAUUAUACCUUUUUUAUUCAACCGUUUUUUGUUGUUUU